AGCUGCGUUUACAUCAUGUAACCAUAACGAAGUCUGUUCUCCAGUGCCAGGUUUUUAAUGGGAAAAUAUUUUGAUCCAAGGAAAAUGAUUUUGUUGUGCAAAAAUUCAAGCAUAUUUUCGGUGAUAAGAUGUCAGAUGAAAUCGAGAAAGAAUACUCGAAUAGUAUACAGCGAUGUUUCGGUAUCUUUAGAAUCGAUUUAUAUAUGGCUGUUGUUUUGUACUGUGUACAUGUACUGUACAUGUACAUUGGGGGGAGUGAUGUGGGUCAGCCCGAUUUAUGUUUGUACGUGUGCGUGAUAUAGGCCCUACACUUCAGGAAUUACCGGAGAAUGUGGGAAAGCAUUAAAUUUUUAGUAGUUUUUAUUGCAGUCAUUGUACAGUAACAGAAGUUAAACAACCACCAAAAAAAGUGUAAAUACAGGCAGACGAAUUGCACUUACCAAGAAAUUGAGAACAGGGAACUGCCCCCUGUGGGAUUGUCAAGAUGCCAGUCCAAGUCUAUAACAUACCCAUCAUUCAGCCUGACCUAAGGCGGGAAGAAACAAUCCAGCAAAUUGCUGACACCCUGGAGUACAUGGAGAAGGUAGCCAACGAAGUUUUUGAUAGCAUCAUCACCCAGGUCAGUGAAAAUCACACCCGACUGGAGGGCAUUAACAAGAGAAUAGAUGUCGCCCAGGCCAAGGUGGAGAAGAUCAAGGGCUCACGCAAGGCCAUCAAGGUCUUCUCCAGUGCCAAGUACCCAGCCCCUGAUAGCCAUCAGGCCUAUUCAUCAGUCUACACGGACUCGGCCAUGGGCCAGGUCCGGCGGCCUCACAGGAAGCUCAACAGCAAGCACCAGAACUUGGAUAGCCGUGCACUGCGGGAGAAGCUGCAGUUCUACAACGUCCAGUUGAACAUCCGCAAGGACAAGGAUGGUCAGAGUUCGUGGGAAGGGCUGGGAGGUCUGCCCAAGCACGUGGAGUCCAUCAACUCCCUGCUGCUGUUCAACACCAGCGAAAAUCCGUACAAGAAGUACACCAUGAUCGACCCCCUGGGCGCGGUGACCAAGACGAGGAAGGCGAUCGAGGAGGAGCAAGAGGAGAUAGGAGCCGCGCCCAUGUCCAUCACUCAGCGGGAGCAGAUGGAGAGGCAGGGCAUGGAGAAUUACUUCUACGUGCCUGACUUGGGAGACGUGCCGGAGAUAGAUGUGCCCCACUACCUGCCCGAUCUGCCAGGUGUUGCCGAUGAUUUGAGCUACAGUGCUGACCUGGGCCCUUCCAUUGCACCCUCCCUCCCGGGCAGUAAUGUACCCGAGCUACCCAACGUUGUCCCAGGACCAGGUGGGAUGGAAGCCCUAUCCAGCACCCCUGCCCAGGAUCUCCCGGCCUUACCCGCUCCCAUGGAUAGUAUUGGCGGUCCACCCCCGCCUCCUCCUCCCGGUGGUGCUGUAGCACCCCCUCCCCCCCCCCCUCCCCCGCCCCCUCCCCCACCGCCCGGUGUAGAAGGCGGUGGUGGGCCCCCACCCCCACCUCCGCCCCCUCCACCGGGCGGGCCCGACGCCCCAUCCUCUGCCCCACCCCAGCAGGACGGCCGGGCCAGCCUGAUGGAGUCCAUCCGUAUGGCAGGUGGCUCGGGCAAGGCCAAGCUACGCAAUGUGACCGAGCGGAAGAUGGAGAAGAAGCAGAAGAAGCAGAGCCAGGCGGUGACGGGGGUGAGCCUGAUGGAUGACCUGGCCGCCAAGCUGUCGAUGCGACGGAAGGGCAUCUCAGGGUCGCGGCAAGGCAGUGGUGGCGGGGGAGGGGCAUCAGAGGAGAGCAAGGUGAACGGUAACGCUGGCUCCACCAUGGAUAAAUUGUCAGCCAUGAUUCCACCUCCGCCCAAACCUACUAGGAAUAGAUCAGAUACUGCUAACUCAGAGGAUGAUUGGGAGUAACCUUCACAGACAGCAAAUUCCAAAGGUGGGAUGAGAUCUGAAUACUUUGUACUUGGUACUUUGACAUUCCAGUUCAACAAUUUUUUGGUGGAAUUACGGCCAUACUUAUAAUUUUUGGUAAUUCUUUGACACUCUUUGAUUUGGACUGAGGUAUGUAGAAUCUUCCUCAAACCAGCGUAACUGAAUUCAGUUACUAGACUGUCGCAAACGUGCAUGUAAAUUAACGUGUACAUAAGCAAUCCUACAAAAUUUUAUUCAAAUCACAAUGCAUGAAUGCGAUAUGUACAGGCAUUUUUAAGCAAACGAUUCAUACUCUGUAAUGUCAGGGAUAUUUACACAGAGAUGUCUGCUUCCAGUUUGUGGAUUUCACUGAAAGCCAAGGCUAAAAGUUCAGGUCGUGUUAUAAGGAGUCUUUAUAUUGUGCUAUGCUUUGAUACAAUACAUGUAUUUGAAAAGUAAACAAGCCUGAAAUUUGCAAAAUUUAAAAGCAUUCACUGUUAACAGUUUACAUGGACAUGUAUAUACUUUAUCUGUCCUGUUAUACAUCAAUCAUAUGGUAGAUCCAAAUUUUAAGAUGCCUUACUGUCAAUGAAACUGCCAGACUUUGUCUACUUUUAUUAACAAGUACAAAUUAACAACAAACCAGAAAGUUGCUUUGCCUUGAGAAUUAAUUUCCCAUGCUGUCUUGAGCUUAUAAUGAGGUCAGUGGAAUGCCUGUCGGCAUGCUACCAUCCAAAAGCGUGAUACCAAUGUAUCGGGACCACACUCAGUAUUCAAUAUGAAUACGUACCGGUACUCGUACUGGGCCUCGUCAGUGCAAGUAUUUCCUCACCGGAAAUAUUGGUGGACACCUGGUAGUAAUAAUGAAUGCAUACCUGCCAGCCUGUCAUACUCCUUCCUGAGGUCAGGCAAUACCACACAAUAGAUUGAAAGGUAUUUAAAUCAUCCCUCGGUUCAUUUAAAAUUCCAAUCUAUUAUAUGGUGAUGCCUGACCUCAGGAAAGAGUACGACAGGUUGGCAGGUACGCGAAUGACCCAUGGAUAUAAUGAAACAGCAGACCGAGCCGGCCAGCCCCUUCGUGUACAUGCCUUAGGUUGCAUACAAUGUAUGUGCAACACAGCAUGGUGAAGGCUAAAGUCGCUGUGCCGCAUGAAUGCAUGCUUGCUUCGAGUCACACGGAUGAUCGAGAAUUGCAUGACAGACUUUAUACAACAGCCCCCUCGCUUGUUGUCUAACAAGCAUGCACUUGUGGUGGAAUAUAUGUAGGCCUUUGGCCAGUCUAGGUGCUGCUUUCAUGGAACCAAUAACUGCAUUUGAGAGGGGUUCCUUGAAAGGGUUCCUUGAAGAGGUUCCUUUUUAGUUAACUCCAUCACAAGCGAAAAUCAUUUGUAACAGGAGUAAAUGCUACGUCCCACGCUCCUGUGGCAUCGUGUAUGGCUUGACUUAGGACUAGGUGACAAAGGUCUCCCCUAAGUAGGAAGUUUGGUUAUAAACAGUCUCUCGUUUGUACUGAGACUUAAAGAAGAUGGGUCAGAUCCAUGUAAUAAGCGCUGACAGAAAUUCACCUGUUAAUUAUUUAUUCAGUGAUUCAUCCUCAAAGAAAAAGCUACAUUGAAAUUUGCCAUAGUCAUAUUUUUUUCAUCAUUUUGUAUUUCAUGAUGUGACCUGUUUGUUCAAUCAACUCAGUUGCAGAUUUGAAAGUGUGUAUGCGUGCCUUGCUGAUUUUGCUUCACAUGGACUGCCACUGGGUAGUGCCAUAAAUAUGAAGGGUUUAAGAUUUACUGUAACGCUGAGGGAGGAGCACCUACACCUGUUCAGUAAAUGCAGACUAUUUCAUCUAUGAAUAUUCAUAAAAUAUAUCAUUUGGUCAGCUUUCUUUUAUGCCCCUUUCUGGAUUAACUUUCCAUUUAAAACAAUUACAUCUCAUACUGCUUUAGAAUGUUAUUAUCAUACAUGUAUGUAGUUGAAAGAUCACCAAAUGUUGGACCAAGUACCUCCACUGUUGCUGUUACUCUGUUGUGAACUUAGAGUGAACAGCGACUCCUUUGUGUCAUUCUCCUGAAGAAGUUUUUCCAUCUUGGUCCUAAAUCUUGGUUGUCUGUUUAAUGCUGAGAAUUGUGACAAGCGGCUCAAACUGUUUCUAAAAGGUAAAUACUUUUAAGAUUCAGCAGUUGUAUAUCAUAUUUUCAUUUUGUCAAAUAAAACCAUGGACUUUUUCACCGUGUGAGAAAUUGAAUGAAUGGAUGAAUGCAUGGAAAUUACUGCAUGGAGAUCAUAAGGAAAAGUAAUCAGAGCAGAUACUUUGUAUUAAAAAUCUUUAUGGCAUAGAGACAAUAAAGAUGACGUGUAGAACUUGCAAUAGCUAAA